AUGGAUAACUUAAUGAAAGAAAUAAAGAAACUUUCUGAGAAGCAAGACACUCUGAAGAAGGAAAUGACAGACAAACAAGAAGAAUAUUAUUUAAAAAGUGAUGAUGUCAAAGAUAUGGAAAAUGAAAUGAAGGAGUUUGGGGAAUUGAAGAAAGAAAUGAAUUAUUUGGCUGGAGAGGUGGAAACCCUGAAAGCAGAAACCAGGUUGGUGAAUGGUCCAAACCAUUGCUCUGGGAGAGUCGAAGUGCUAUACAAUUGGGCGUGGGGAACAGUGUGUGAUGAUGGAUGGGACCUGAGUGAUGCUCAAGUCGUGUGCAGAGAACUUGGCUGUGGAGGAGCUGUGUCAGCCCCCGAAGAAGCCCACUUUGGAAAAGGAAAAGAUCCCAUCUUGAUAAAUGAAGUCCAAUGCAAUGGGACAGAGGAUGCCCUCCACAAGUGCAUUUACAAAAUGCAUACAUUAUACGAGUGUCGUCAUGAAGAAGAUGCUGGUGCUGUGUGCUCAGAUCUCCGUUUGAUGAAUGGCACAAGUUCCUGCUCAGGGAGGGUUGAAGUUUUUCACAAUGACACGUGGGGGACCAUUUGUGAUGCUGGCUGGGAUUUACAAGAUGCCCAAGUGGUCUGCAGGGAGCUGGGCUGUGGAGAUGCCCCCAAAGCAUUGGGUGGAGCACACUAUGGCCAAGGAUCGGGCCCUGUUUGGCUGGAGAGCGUCAACUGUACAGGAGAAGAAGCAUCCCUGAAGGAGUGCCAGAAGGGAGGCUGGGGAGCGCACAGUUGCAGCCACAACCAGGAUGCCAGCGUGGAGUGUUCAGCUGUUGAAUCUUCCCUUGAGAUCAGCAUUCACCUGGGAGUGGCUGCCGUGGUCUUCCUUGCCUUGGUGGGGAUUGUGGCUGAGGCUGGAUGCAGGAGAAGGAGGAAGACCAUCAGGAGGAGGAGGAGGAAGAGGAGAGAGCAGCAGCCUUGGAAGGACAUUGGGAAGUUGGAAGGUAUCCAGAGAAGGGUGACGCAAAUGGAAGAAGAUGAGGAGGAAAAGCCCAAUGAGGAGAGGCUGAAGGAGUUGGGAGAGCUCCACUUGCGGAGACAUAAAGCUUGGACUGCUGAGCAAAGAGCUGAGUGGCCUUUCAGCAUGUGGCUCUCUCUCGGCAUCGCCUUCCUUGUAAUGAGCUCAAGUAUUGCAGAGUCAGACCACAUGGAGAUCAGGCUGGCAGAAGGUCCAAAUCUCUGCAGUGGAAGGGUUGAAGUCUUCCUUUCUGGUCAGUGGACAUCUGUUUGUGACGACAGUUGGGGCAUUGAGGAGGCCAUGGUUGUCUGCCGCCAGCUGGGCUGUGGAUCUGCAGUCUCUGCCACACAUGAAGCACAGUUUGGAAAUGGAAGUGUCCCCAUUGGCCUCGAUGAUGUCAGAUGUGGAGGGAUGGAAUCCGCCCUCAGUGAGUGCCCAGCAAGUCCAUGGGGAGAACACGACUGCAGCCACGAAGAAACCGCUGGGGUUAUAUGCUCAGGGCAGCUCUUGGGUUCUGAUCCUAUGCACCAAACAGAGAUCCGACUGGCAGACGGCCUAAAUAAUUGCAGCGGAAGAGUAGAAUUGCUCCAUCAUGGUGAAUGGGGCACCAUUUGUGGAGAUGGAUGGGGCGUUGAGGAAGCCACAGUGGUAUGCCAAGAGAUGGGAUGUGGAACUGCCAGCUUGGAUCAAAGGGGAACAUGGAAUGGGAGUGGAACCAGCCCCGUUUGGUUGGAUGACGUCCAUUGCAAAGGGACAGAAUCUUCUCUGCAUCAGUGCUUGGCAAGUCCUUUGGGGAGAUAUGACUGUGAUAGUGGGAAAACGGCUUCCGUUGUGUGUUCAGAGGUAAGGUUGGUCGAUGGUCCCACUCCAUGCUCUGGUCGAGUGGAGGUGUUCCAUAACAAGAGUUGGGGAACCGUGUGUGACAAUGGCUGGGAUUUAGAGGAUGCCCGUGUGGUGUGCCAGGAAGUAGGCUGUGGAGAACCUCUAGGAGCAGCCACUGGAGUGAGAUUUGGCCAAGGGUCUGGUCCCAUUUGGAUGGAUCAAGUGAACUGCACAAGGAAAGAGAAUGUUUUGAAGAAAUGUCUUCAAGAGAAGAGCCUCAACCUCACCUGUGACCACAGGAAUGAUGCCAGUGUGGAAUGUGCAGUAUGGAGCCCAUUAGAUGACACACAGGCACUUCUGGCCAGGUUCCACACUGAAAGAAGAGAGGAAGCGGCGCACACUGUCUUAGUGGCAACACGGGAGUCUUCCUGUGUUGCCUUCCCAGCAAUGAGGGGGAGUUGGAUGGCAACGCUUCCCCCCAUGGGGUGA